GCGAGCCGGCAAUCAUCUUCAGUUGAGAGAUGAUAGUGGCCUCAGUCUGCUCUGUUUGGCUCCCAACACCAUCCUCCACCAUGGCUCCUCUGCUUGGCUACUGGAAACUUCGUGGGCUGGCCCAGUACAUCCGGACGCUCCUUGAGUACACCGGCACCAAGUAUGAAGAGAAGCUGUACCUUUUUGACUCCGAACCAUCAUGGCCAGAUGAUAAAUUCAACCUGGGACUUGAUUUUCCCAAUCUGCCAUACUACAUUGAUGGUAACGUCAAGCUCACACAGUCUGUUGCCAUAAUGUACUACAUUGGCCGGAAGAACAACAUGAUUGGGAAGACAGACGACGAGAAGAUGUACGUGGAUAUGCUGGUCAACCAAGCUGUAGACAUGCGAAUGCGCUAUGCAUACCUUGUUAAUGAUUCUGAUUUUGAAGAGAAGAAACCCAAGUAUUUGAAUGAAGACUUGCCAAAGACCCUGAAGAUGCUGUCUGACUACCUGGGCGACAAGACCUGGGUCCUCGGUGACCAGAUUACCAUCCCAGACUUUAUAUUCCAUGAAGUCCUUGUCGUCAACCUGGAUCUGGACAAGCGUUGCUUGGACAAUUAUAAGAAUCUUCAAGUCUAUAUCAAGCGAUUUGAGGAGCUUCCAACCAUCAAGAAGUACUUGGCAUCUCCAAGGUUCAUCAAGUCUCCCGUCAGCGGUCCAUUGGCCAAGUUUGGAAACAAGUAACAAGAGACUCAAAAACUUCUAUCCAUAAGAUGUCAAAGAUUUUUAUAUUUUUUUUAUCAUGAGUUAAAUUGAAUAGGCUUCCACCUUUUCUGCUAUAGUGCAGUAAAUUCAUUCAACAACAAAUCCAAUGUCAGCCCACCCAGCUGCUCACCCUCCCUUUUGGACUGCUCAAUAUAUGGUUACCUGAGAAAGCCUGGGGAAGGCAAGCUUUGGUAACCUGGAGGUUAUACUUGCCCUCUGGCCCGGGGUAAUGAGUCACAUAUAUCCACCACAAGCUCAAGGGCCGGUGUGAAAGAAAUGAGCACUGAGGCCAUGCACAGCUUUAGCCAUGUCCCUUAACUUUGCACUUGCUUUCAUCAAACUGCAGUUACAUGAUUCCCUUAAUUAAACGAGCAUGAACCCAAAGAUCUACUUAAAUACAACCAAAUAAUGUAUGUUGAACUUAACUGCGAAAACGCAGGGGCUGAGAGGACAUA